CAUCGUCACAGGCUUUAUAGCGACUGUGGGCACCGCGGACUGAAAGAUACACAAACGCCAGUCCCUGACUGGAAAACAGAUCAAAGACCUGGAUGUCCCACAGCCCCAUUUCUUCGGAGGGAAGUCUUCUCUAGCCCAUUUUCCGCGGAGAAGUUUUUGAGAGAAAUAAAUUUGCAGCUUCCGCGAUGCUGGGCGCAGUUAAAAUGGAGGGACACGAACAUUCAGACUGGAGCACCUAUUACGCAGAGCCCGAGUGUUACACCUCUGUCGGGAAUAUGAACGCGGGACUCGGAAUGAACUCCAUGAACACCUACAUGAGCAUGUCAGGAAUGAACACGGGCAACAUGACCGCCAGCUCCAUGAACAUGUCCUACGUCAACACGGGCAUGAGCCCGUCGAUGGCGGGCAUGUCUCCGGGGUCCGGGGCCAUGAACGGCAUGGGCGCGGGGAUGGCGGGCAUCGGCGCGGCCCUCAGCCCGAGCAUCAGCCCCAUGGCCGCGCAGCCCGCGUCUAUAAACGGCCUGAGCUCCUACAGCAACAUGAACGCCAUGAGCCCCAUGUACGGACAGUCGAAUAUUAGAUCGAGGGAUCCAAAAACGUACCGGAGAAGCUACACGCACGCCAAGCCCCCCUACUCCUACAUCUCUCUCAUCACCAUGGCCAUACAGCAGUCGACCAACAAGAUGCUCACGCUGAGUGAGAUCUACCAGUGGAUCAUGGACCUUUUCCCGUUCUACCGUCAGAACCAACAGCGCUGGCAGAACUCUAUCCGCCACUCUUUGUCUUUCAAUGACUGUUUCCUCAAAGUGCCAAGAUCCCCGGACAAGCCGGGAAAAGGGUCUUUCUGGACCCUUCACCCGGACUCGGGGAACAUGUUUGAAAACGGCUGCUAUUUGCGGAGACAAAAGCGGUUUAAAUGCGAGAGGCUGCUCAGCAAGGAGUCGAACAGGAAGACUUCCGAAGGCGGAUCUAACAGCAGCUCGGAGAGCUGCAACGGAAACGAGUCGCCCCACUCUAAUUCGUCCACAAAAGACCCCAAAAGGUCGGUUUCAGAGCACUCCCGGCAGGACCUGAGCCCCGAGCACUCGGCCUCGCCGACCUCGCAGGCGCACCACCUGAUGUCACAGCACCAUCCCGUCCUCGUGCACGAAGCCCACCUGAAGCCCGAGCACCACUUCUCCUUCAACCACCCUUUCUCCAUCAACAACCUCAUGUCCUCGGAGCAGCAGCACCACAAAAUGGACCUUAAGACGUACGAACAGGUGAUGCAUUACUCCGGAUACGGCUCUCCCAUGACGGGAGCGCUGUCCAUGGGGUCGAUGGCGAGCAAAGCGGGCCUGGAAUCCUCAAUACCCGCUGACGCGUCGUACUACCAAGAUUUACCUGCUGUCCCUGCGCCAAUGGGGUGGACAGAAGACACCUGUGUUACUCAGAUCCUUGGAGCAACAAACACCGCUUACUGAUGAAAGCUAAGAUGAAAGCUGCUAAUAUUGCCAUAUCUGUAUUAAAGGAGCUACGUUAAAGGAAAUCUUACCAGUGCCUGACCUUAUUAUCAUAAGUUGUACAUUGAAUUGAAGCUUUAAAGUUCUCUGUAAAAAGACAAUAACAAAAAAUGUAAAAGGAAAAGGCAAUUUGAAAAAUCAAUGGAAAAUGUUUGAUUGGAUGUACCAAAGAGAUACCAAGUGGAAAAAGUCUGUGAAAAACAGUUGCCCAACCUCUUUUCCUGGUUUUAUGUUUUUCUGAGAAAUGUUUGAGGUGCCACUUGAGCAGAUUGCAAAAUUGCUGAACAGGGUUAUCGAUAAGAGAGAAAUGUUUCCCAAAUCACAUUACACAGAAAGAUGCUCGGUGAAACUAGUGGGAAUAUUGCUGCAGUUCACCUGUGCCUGGGUUUUUGACAGCGCUCAACCUGAGGGCGAAUAUGAAAUAUCAGAUGGCUUGUCAGCGGCGCUGAAGGAGACAAAGAGGA